AUGUCACCUGCUCUUUCUCUCUGCGUCUCUCACCUUCCCACCACCUGCAAAUCUCCAGACCUUUCAAAAGAUACCCACAUCCCCAAAACCACUAACAGAGAAAACCCACUUCGCAGAACUCCAUCAGACAUCAAAAUUACUAGGAGAAAACUACUGGGUUCCUCUGCUUUAGGCCUCACUGGAGUGUCUGUUGUUCAGCCUGUAAGGGCUGAACCAGAGAGCCCAGUUGAGUCCACUUCUAGUAGAAUGUCAUACUCGAGAUUUCUAAAGUACUUGGACGAAGGUGCUGUGAGGAAGGUAGACCUGUUUGAGAAUGGGACUGUUGCUGUUGCCGAGAUCGUCAAUCCUGUACUUGACAAAAUCCAGAGAGUUAAAAUACAGCUGCCCGGUCUGCCCCAAGAAUUUUUGAGGAAAAUGAAAGAGAAGAAUGUAAAUUUUGCUGCUCAUCCCAUGGAACUCAACAUGGUAGCUGCAGUGCUCGACUUCUUGGGGAAUUUUGCCUUUCCUCUGAUAUUGCUUGGCUCUUUACUGUUGAGAACAUCGUCAACAAAUACCCCAGGAGGCCCAAAUUUGCCAUUUGGAUUGGGAAGGAGCAAAGCCAAAUUUCAAAUGGAACCAAACACGGGUGUAACAUUUGAUGAUGUAGCCGGAGUUGAUGAAGCAAAGCAAGAUUUUCAGGAGAUUGUGGAAUUCCUGAGGACCCCAGAAAAGUUUGCUGCGACUGGUGCUAGAAUUCCCAAAGGAGUGCUCUUAGUAGGGCCUCCUGGGACGGGUAAGACAUUGCUGGCGAAGGCAAUUGCGGGAGAAGCAGGGGUGCCUUUCUUUUCCCUGUCCGGGUCAGAGUUCAUUGAGAUGUUCGUUGGCGUGGGGCCUUCAAGAGUAAGGGACCUAUUCAACAAGGCGAAGGCGAAUUCUCCGUGCUUGGUCUUUAUUGGACUGCUUACAGAGAUGGAUGGAUUUAUGGAGAAUAGCGGGGUAAUCGAUGCUGCUACUAACAGACCUGAGAUUCUUGAUGCCUUGCUCAGGCCUGGAAGGUUUGAUAGACAAGUGGCUGUUGGAUUACCAGAUGUGAGAGGGAGGGAAGAGAUAUUGAAGGUGCAUAGCAGCAAUAAGAAACUUGAUAAGGAUGUCUCCCUUAAUAUUGUUGCUAUGCGAACUCCAGGAUUCAGUGGUGCAGAUUUGGCAAAUCUCAUGAAUGAAGCAGCCAUUCUAGCUGGUAGGAGAGGCAAAGAGAAGAUCACCGUAAAGGAGAUUGAUGAUUCGAUUGAUCGAAUAGUGGCAGGACUGGAGGGAACAAAAAUGACAGAUGGAAAAUGUAAAAUUCUAGUGGCCUACCAUGAAAUUGGGCAUGCUGUUUGCGCGGCAUUGACUCCAGGUCAUGACCCAAUACAAAAAGUAACUUUGAUACCCCGUGGCCAAGCCCGUGGUCUUACAUGGUUCAUACCGGGUGAAGAUUCAGCUCUCAUCUCCAAGCAACAGCUCUUCGCUAGAAUAGUUGGAGGUCUUGGAGGUCGGGCAGCAGAAGAGGUGAUUUUUGGGGAACCAGAAAUUACAACCGGGGCAGCAGGCGACUUGCAGCAGAUUACUCAAAUAGCAAGACAAAUGGUAACAAUGUUUGGCAUGUCUGAAAUUGGGCCAUGGGCAUUGACUGAUCAAGCAGUGCAAAGUAGUGAUGUAGUUCUAAGGAUGCUAGCAAGAAACUCCAUGUCAGAAAAGCUCGCAGAAGAUAUCGACGCAUCGGUACGAGAUAUUAUUGAAAGUGCAUAUGAAAUUGCAAAGAGCCAUGUAAGAAAUAACAGGGAAGAAAUUGAUAAACUGGUGGAGGUGCUGUUGGAGAAGGAAACACUCACAGGAGAUGAAUUCAGAGCUAUUCUGUCCGAGUAUAUUGAUGUUCCUAAGGACAAAAUAAACCAAAGCUCUGUCCGCCUGAUGAUCAAAGCCUAG